AGACCUCUGCAACUCAAUGAAACCCAGACCUUGAAGCAGAUUGCAAAUUAACUUUUGCAGGUUAAACCCAAAAAGCCAUAAUCAGGAUUCACUAUGAGGACGAAAUCCCCAUGGCCGGGGGCUCUUCUGGCCUUCUGGGUGUGCUUGUUUGCUUUGAGCUACCAUGUCCAGGCCACUUCAACAGAACUCGGUGUAAACAGUGAUGGAACGCCUCAGAAUGUAGAACACAAAGUGGCUGCAGAUGAUCUCCACCAAGAAGAAGAGAAAUUCAAGAAACCUUUUCUACCACAUCCACCAAUUUAUAAGAAACCAUUCCCACCAUUUAAGAAACCGUUUUUUAAGAAGUUACAUCCACACCCACUUUCAACUUUCAAAAAGCCUCUUCCACCAAAAUUUCCAUUUGUCAAGAAACCAUUCAUUCUGCCACCACCAAUUCAUGGUUUCAAGAAACCACUUCCGCCACCAAUUCCAUUUUUUAAGAAACCGCUUCCACCAAAAAUUCCAAUUUUUAAGAAGCCAUUGCCACCACCAAUUCCAAUUUUCAACAAGCCGUUUCCUCCAAAAAUUCCAAUUAUUAAGAAACCACUUCCUCCGCCAAUUCCAAUUUUCAAGAAGCCAUUGCCGCCACCAAUUCCAGUUUUCAAGAAGCCACUUCCUCCGAAAAUUCCAAUCUUUAAAAUUAAGAAGCCACUCCCACCACCAAUACCCAUUUUCAAGAAGCCGCUUCCUCCGAAAAUACCAAUAUAUAAGAAACCACUUCCACCGCCUAUUCCAGUGUUUAGGAAACCAUUACUUCCACCAUUUCCUGUCAUCAAGAAACCACUUCCACCACCAAUUCCGAUAUUUAAGAAACCUUUUUUCAAGAAGCCUUUGUCUCCAAUUCCAGUCUCACUUCCUCCGCAUGUACCCAUUUUCAAGAAGCCUCUUCCCCAUCCAUUUCCAAUCCCCAAGAAGCCACUCCCAACCCCUUUUCCAAUUCACAAACCAAUCUUCAAGAAACCCAUUCCUUAGAAUAAUUAUUGAUCUGGUAUCAGCAGUGUAGCUCUACUGUAAUAAAGUGAAGACAAUGAAGAAAGGGAAGAGUGAAUGAUUGUUAAUGAUUUAUGUCCAUGAUCAUGUUAUGAUCCAUUGAUCCUGGUGGAAGUUGUAACUAUUUAAACAAACUAAAAAGCGUCAAUUAUGACGACCCAAAAUAGCCAACACUUUCAUUUAUUUUA